UGUUGACUGGUGUUAAUAGUGGUUUCACCAAGGAAAUGAAUUGAGGUAAUGGGCUGACUGAAGUUAGACACAACUAAAUGCUAAUGUAAUGGGAAGCUGACGCACUGUAACGCGUAAUUUAUAGAGUAGGCCUAAAUGUUCAGGUCAUUUGUAUCGUUUGGGCCUCGUAAUCGUUCUAUAGGAGCAGCCGCCAAAAGCCAGGUGGUCACAAACUGUAAGAACACUGUUCAAGGUUUUAAGCGAUUACAUGGCAGGGCCUUCAGUGACCCGUAUGUCCAGUCGGCAAAGUCCAGCCUUGUCUACGAUCUCGCUCAGAUGCCAACGGGGACCACUGGCAUUAAGGUCAUGUAUAUGGAGGAGGAGAAGGUGUUCAGCAUCGAACAGGUCACUGCCAUGCUGCUGACCAAGCUGAAAGAGACCGCUGAAGCAGCACUCAAGAAACCUGUGGCAGACUGUGUCAUAUCUGUGCCCAGCUUCUAUACUGAUGCAGAGCGAAGAUCAGUCAUGGAUGCUGCUCAGAUCGCCGGCCUAAACUGUCUAAGACUCAUGAAUGACACUACAGCAGUUGCGCUGGCAUAUGGGAUCUACAAGCAGGAUCUGCCUGCCCCUGAAGAAAAGCCCAGGACUGUGGUUUUUGUUGAUGUUGGCCAUGCAAGUUACCAGGUCUCUGCAUGUGCCUUUAACAAGGGAAAGUUAAAGGUUCUGGGUUCUGCAUUUGACCAUGAGCUGGGCGGUAAAGACUUUGACGAGGUGCUGGUCAGUUACUUCUGUGAGGAAUUCGGCCAGAAGUACAAGCUGGACGUGCGCUCGAAGCCCCGUGCUCUGGUGCGACUCUACCAGGAGUGCGAGAAGCUGAAAAAACUCAUGAGUGCCAACUCCUCUGACCUGCCACUCAACAUUGAAUGCUUCAUGAAUGACAUUGACGUAACCGGGACACUCAACAGAGCCAAGUUUGAGGAGCUCAGCGCAGGGCUGUUGGCCAAGGUGGAGGGUCCCCUGCGCAGCGUCAUGGAACAGACCAAGCUGAAGAAAGAGGACAUCUACGCUGUGGAGAUCAUAGGCGGUGCCUCCAGGAUUCCAGCCAUUAAAGAGCGAAUCAGCAAAUUCUUUGGGAAGGAGUUGAGCACUACACUGAAUGCGGAUGAGGCUGUGGCAAGAGGAUGUGCACUGCAGUGUGCUAUUCUGUCACCCGCCUUUAAAGUGCGUGAGUUUUUCAUCACAGAUGUGGUCCCAUACCCAAUCUCUCUAAAAUGGACGUCAGUGGCUGAUGAAGGCAUAAGUGAUUGUGAAGUAUUCCAAAAGAAUCAUGCAGCACCCUUCUCUAAAGUGUUGACUUUCUACCGGAGGGAGCCUUUCACUUUGGAGGCCUACUACAACAAUCCAAAAGAGCUGCCAUAUCCCAAUCCUAACAUAGGCCAGUUCAACAUCCAGAAGGUGGUGCCUCAGCCAUCAGGUGAGAGCUCUAAGGUGAAGGUGAAGGUACGUGUGAAUGUGCACGGGGUCUUCAGCGUGUCCAGCGCCUCCCUGGUGGAGGUCCUAAAAUCUGCUGAAGGAGAAGAGCCCAUGGAGACAGAGACUCCUGCCAAGGGGGACGAGAACAAGAUGCAAGUGGAUCAAGAAGUACAGAAGGCUCAAGCUGAUGAUCAGAAAGAAAAUGCUGACAAGAAAUCAGACACUGAAGACAUGGAGACUUCAACAGAAGACAAACAGGGGGAGAAGAAGAACGACCAGCCUCCACAAGCCAAGAAAGCCAAAGUAAAGACAAAGUCAGUGGAGCUGCCCAUCGAGAACAGCCUGCACUGGCAGCUGGCCAAUGACAUGCUCAAUCUGUUUGUGGAGAAUGAGGGGAAGAUGAUUAUGCAGGACAAGCUGGAGAAAGAAAGGAAUGAUGCCAAGAACUGUGUGGAGGAGUAUGUUUAUGAAAUGAGAGACAAACUGCAUGGAGUGCUGGAGAACUUUGUCAAUGAGACUAACAGAGAUUCCUUCUCCAUAAAACUGGAGGACACAGAAAACUGGUUAUAUGAAGAAGGAGAGGACCAGCAGAAGCAAGUGUAUGUUGAUAAACUGGCAGAGUUGAAGAAACUGGGCGAGCCUAUUCUGAGCCGAUAUAUUGAGGCUGAAGAGCGACCAAAAGCUUUUGAGGAGCUUGGAAGGCAAAUUCAGCUGUACAUGAAAGUCGUAGUGGCUUAUAAGGCCAAGGAUGAGCUGUAUGAUCAUUUAGAAGAGCUGGAGGUCAUGAAAGUGGAGAAGCAGGUGAAUGAAGCUAUGACCUGGAUGAACAACAAAAUGAACCUGCAGAGCAAACAGAUUCUCAGCCAGGAUCCUGUGGUCAGAACACAAGAGAUUCAGGCCAAAACAAAGGAGCUGUAUUCUGCUUGCAAUCAUAUUGUCACCAAACCUAAGCCCAAAGUGGAGCCUCCCAAGGAGGAGAAGGCUGCCGAACAGAAUGGCCCUGUUAAUGGACAGGAGGGCCCAGAGGCCCAUGUGGGCAACCCAGAGAAGGGCCAAGCCAGCCCAGAAAUCACAGAUGCCAAGCUUCCUGAAAUGGACAUUGACUAAGUUAGCUUGGCCCUCUCCACCCCAGCCUCCAGCCUCUCUCAUGCCUCUUAAAUGCUUCUGGGUUUGGAUUAAAAAAAACAAACAAAAACAGAAGCAUUCAAUCAAAAAGCAUCUCAACCUGAUUGAUGCAUGUUUGCUUCCUUCUAUUUUGCUGUUUAAAAAGAUACAUUGACAUCCAAUGGGCAGUUUUCCCCAUCUUUUGUCAGUUUUCUUCAAGUUGGAAAAAAAAAAAAAAAAACAUGUUACAGGAUGAAAACCUGGUCUUUAUUGCUUUUCAAACUUCUACAGGAUGGACUUGGAGAACUACUUAUCUUGAAACCACUAUAUAUAUAUUAUGUGUCUUAUGUCCUACUUUUUGCGUUUAUUGGUUUUGAAGAUUUCAUUCUUCUAUAUUAACUUAACAUGGUUUUUAUUUUGAUCUGAAAAUCCAUAAUUGUUUCCCAAACACCAGAUUUUUGCAAAGAAGCACUAAAACAGAGGAAGAAGAACUGAAUGAUAGCAGACAGAAGAGUUCUAGAGACAGAGGCGUAAACUGCACUGUACGCUGAAUUAGUUGAGUUAUUGUUAUGUAGUAUUUCAAUGGAAAAGGUGCAUCGUUUUGUGGCUAUGGCCUGUGUGUGGUCUCUGGUGUGUAGACCUGGAGUUUCUGUUUUUGUUUCUUUUUCUACUCCGCAACCAGUGUGAAUGAUGGAAACUAAUUUUGUGUCCAUUCCAGUUACAAAUGAUGAUGGUAAUUAUAUAAUAAACAGUUCAUUUUGGUAUACAAAAUGAAGAAUUUAUAAAAAUGUU